AUGCGAAGGACGGUCAUGAGCCUUUGCGUUCUUCUGACGAACACGUGCAACAACCUUCACGCCCCCCUGUUGUAUAAGCCAAGUGCGAGGAGGGCCUGCAGCGUUGCUCACUCGAAUGACUCGCAGAGGAGGCUACCCAGUUGCAACACUCGUUGGGUGAAAAAGAAAAACGCCCUGUACUUGAACCAACUCUGGAGUAGCAGUAUCUGCAGCAGUAUCUGCAGCUGGAGGAGGAGCACCAUCAAAGUGAGUAAAUUGGCUUUUAAGAGAAUGGCAUGCACCACGAGCGUUGACCAACCCCAGGGGGACCUUAUGGAGAGGUUAAAACAAAAAUUGGUGGUUGGGGAGAACCCAGCGUUUAUUCAGGAGAGACUAGCCAAGUACAACGCGCUGAAGGAGAAGAAGCGAAUCGAAAGGGAGGAGCUACUGAAGAGUGACCCCCAAUUGACGCGAAGCAUAACUGUGCAGCUGCUGGAUGGGUCCGUGAGGGAGGGGCAGUGCAAUGUGACCACCCCGUUUCAGAUCGCCAGCUCGAUUUCGAAGAGGCUGGCGGAGGACUCCCUCGUGGCGCGCGUGACCUACGUGGAGAGGGUCGACCUGGAGCUCUGCGACGUGGAGGAGGGGGAGCAGCCGGAGGGGGAGCAACCGCAGCAGGAUCAGACGCAGCAGCCGGAGGGGGAGCAACCGCGGAAGGCCGCCGAACCGGUCGAAGCGCCCGUUCUGUGGGACAUGGGCGCGCCGCUGCUCGGCAGCUGCAAAAUCGAGUUCCUCAACGUGGAGCACGAGGAGGCGAAGAAGGCCUUCUGGCACUCCUCCGCGCACAUCCUGGGCAGCAGCUUGGAGAAGCUCUUCGGGGGGUACCUCACCAUCGGACCUCCCCUGAAAGAGGGCUUCUACUACGACAUAUAUCUGGGCGAUUUUUCCAUCACCAAUGAGCAUUACAAAAAGGUAGAAGACGAGUUUAGCAAGCUCAUAAAGGAAAACGCAGAAUUUGAGAAGCUCAUCUGCACGAAGGAGGAGGUGAUGGAUCUCUUCCAGUACAACCCCUUUAAGUUAGAAUUGAUAAGGACCAAAAUUCCAGAAGGGAAAAAAACGUCAGUGUAUAAGUGCGGCAACUUCAUUGACCUCUGUCUAGGCCCACAUAUAAAAAGCACAGGAAAAGCAAAAGCAUUUAAGGUAUUAAAAAAUUCAGCGGCCUACUGGUUAGGCAACAAAAAUAAUGAAAGUUUACAGAGGGUAUAUGGAAUAACCUUCCAAAAAAAAACAGAACUAAAUGAUUAUUUAAAUUUUCUAGAAGAAGCAAAAAAGAGGGAUCAUCGUAAUGUAGGGAAGAAAUUACAUUUCUUUUUUUUUGAUAAAGAUACGUCCCCCGGUUCCUGUUUUUGGCUACCCCAUGGGGCAAAAAUUUACAACAAGCUAAUUGACUUUGUUAGGAGAGAGUAUAGAAUAAGGCUAUACGAUGAAGUGAUCACCCCGAAUGUGUUUAGCUGUGAUUUGUGGAGAACUUCUGGGCAUUACCAAAAUUAUAAAGACUGCAUGUUCAUUUUUAAUGUAGAGCAGAAGGAGUGGGGGAUGAAGCCGAUGAACUGUCCCGGGCACUGUGUCAUGUUUAAGCAGUUGAACGCAUCUUAUAGGUCACUUCCAAUUAGACUUGCCGACUUUGGGGUCCUACACAGGAAUGAAAUUUCUGGCAGUUUGAGUGGACUCACUAGAGUACGCAGAUUUCAACAAGACGACUCCCAUAUUUUUUGCACAUUCGAACAAAUAAAGGAAGAAGUGUUAGGCACUCUUCAUUUUAUUUUUUUCAUUUACGAUCUGUUCGGGUUUAAGUACGAGCUGUUUCUAUCCACCAGACCGAAGAAGUUCAUUGGGAAUAUCUCCACUUGGGAUUUUGCCGAGCAGGCUUUGAAGGACGCUCUCAACUCGGCUAAUAUACCUUGGAAACUGAACGAGGGAGAUGGAGCUUUCUAUGGCCCCAAAAUUGAUAUACUACUCAAGGACAGCAUCAACCGGACCCACCAGUGCGGCACCAUCCAGCUGGACUUCCAGCUCCCCUGUCGAUUCAACCUGCAGUACAAGAACCGGGACUUCGGCGCGCUCGCCGAGGGGGGCGACGGGGAAGGCGCCGCGGCCAAGCGGGAGGAAGAGGUGGGAGCGGAGGUAGCGGCGGGAGCGGAGGUAGCGGCGGGAGCGGCGGGAGCGGCGGAUGCCACAGAUGCUGCAAAUGGUGCAAAUGGUGCAAACACCGCAGAUGCCGCCCCCGCCGCGGAGCUGCUGAAGCGCGGCUUCGACCGCCCAGUCAUCAUCCACAGAGCCAUCCUCGGGUCCGUGGAGAGGUUCGUCGCCAUCCUGAUAGAGCACACCGCUGGUAAGCUGCCCUUCUGGAUCUCCCCCAGGCAAGCCAUCGUCCUCCCCGUCAGCGAUAAGUUCAACGACUACGCCCACUACGUGCACCAAACGCUCAACAACCACCUCUUCGACGUGGAGAUAGACACCUCGCUGAACACGCUCAACAAGAAAAUACGCGAGGCCCAGCUGAACCAGUUCAACUUCAUUUUGGUGGUGGGGGAGAAGGAGCUGACCACCAACACAGUCACCGUGCGCAACCGGGACGACCAGAACAACCACGAGGUCUGCUCCCUCGAGGAGCUCAUCGCCCGUUUCGGCAAGCUCCUCGAGGUCAACUCGAAGCCCUUCAACCGGGUGGAGCCCUUCCAGCGAAGCGCGCCGACGCAGUGA